UUUGUGUGUUACUCUACGAGACGCUGGUUAUUUUUUCGACCUAGUUAGGUCGUGGUCUGAUAGCUGGUACGUGGAUCUAGCCAGUAGCCACAGUUUUAUGAUUACGUUUUUAUAAAUCCGUAGGUUACUAAGGUCAGAAAUAGUUGAAGAUCCAUAUGGUCAAGAAAGGAGUGUGAAUUGUUGAAUUUGUUGUAUAAGUAAUUUUACUGCAUUCUGACUGAUGCAACAACAUGUCAACACAUGUCAAUCGUCCGCUCUUCUGGAUAAUCAGGAGGUACACUGGGGAAUAUCUCCGAAAAUGUAACAUUUUGAACGAGCGAACACUAGGACGAGUUUCCGGUGUUUCUGUCGGUUACAAACAGCACUCAACGGGAGACGCAAACACCUGUCAUGUCAACAAUGUUCCGACCAUUUGGAGCGCAGGAGGCGGCAGGGGCAGUGGCUCAGAGCGGACUACUCUCCUCAAGUCAGUUGCUGUUGGGUUGGGACUCGGUAGUGCGGCAGUUCUGCAUUUCAGAGGGGACGAGGAGGACAACGUUUGUGAGAGGAGAGGUUUACUUUGUGAUUCUAUCCUAGACCGUGUCUUGCCAACAGCCCAUUGUGCCUCUCCUUUUAAACCCGACAGUCCACGAUUCAAGUUCAACUUCAUUGCGGAUGUGGUGGAAAAAUCUACGCCCGCUGUCGUGUAUAUUGAAAUCGUCGGCAGGCACCCGUUCUCCGGUCGGGAAGUCCCCAUCUCCAACGGUUCUGGUUUCAUUGUCAGCAGUGAUGGGCUCAUAGUCACCAAUGCCCAUGUAGUGGCCAAUAAGAGAGGAGUCCGGGUCAAGCUAACCAAUGGGGAGACGUAUAACGCCACUGUGCAAGACGUCGAUCAGGUGGCGGACAUAGCCACUAUAAAAAUCAAUGCCCAGCACCCUCUCCCUACCCUCUCUCUGGGGCUGUCGUCGGAUGUGCGUCAGGGCGAGUUUGUGGUUGCCAUGGGCAGCCCGUUUGCCCUGAGGAACACCAUCACGUCAGGUAUCGUCUCUUCAGUCCAACGGGGCAGCAAGGAGCUGGGUCUGUCCAAACCCAACAUGGACUAUAUCCAGACAGACGCUGCCAUCGAUUUUGGGAAUUCUGGAGGGCCUCUGAUUAAUCUGGAUGGUGAGGUGAUCGGCAUCAACACCAUGAAGGUGACGGCAGGGAUCUCCUUCGCGAUCCCGUCGGACCACGUCAAACACUUCCUGAACCAAGCCUCCGACAAGAAGAAGUCUCGAUUGGGGGUGUUGGACACCAAGCGGAGAUACAUCGGGGUCAUGAUGCUGACCCUGACUCCAAGUAUCAUUGCCGAGUUGAAGCUGAGGGAUCCUUCCUUCCCUGAUGUCACUUACGGGAUCAUGAUCCACCGGGUCAUCAUGGGAUCUCCAGCCAACAGGGCAGGUAUGAAGCCAGGUGACAUAGUGCUGGAGAUCAAUGGCACCAAGGUGAACACGUCAGAGGAGAUUUACAAUGCCGUGAGGACCAGCGACAGCAUCACCAUGGUGAUCAGAAGGGGUCAGGACCUACUCAGACUACACAUGACCCCAGAGUUCACAGAGUGAUGUCAUCAAACAUUGCCAGUUAGUGGAGCUGCAUGAUAUAGAGGUAGUGUACGAAGAAGAGGACAGUUGGUGCACUGAAGAGGACGGGGAUACUGAAUGAUCCCACCCACAACAUGCUAUCACAUCACUGUCUGUGUGGUUCUACACAUUAAAUAAACCACAGGACAGAAGUCAUGUAAGAUAUAAGAUGGCCUAUUAACAGAUAGCAGCCGACUUUAAAGCCGAGUCCAGUCUGACUGAUAUACAAAUCACCUUGUAUCAUAAAUAACUACUCCAAUAUUAUUUGUAGAUCCAUCAGUCACAAUUUACACGAUACAUGGCAGUUUUGAUGCUCUGGAACACUGCCUACCAUGGGUUUACAGUGGUGAGAUAAGAUGGGCUAUGAUUAACACAGUAUUAGAUACUGUAACUGAAGGCUGAAGGAAGUGACAGUUGGUUGUGACUGAUUGGGUUCAAACCAAGACACUGUCCUCAACAGACCACCAUGUGAUUUAUAAUGAAACAGAUACUUCUACUAACAUAUUGAGCUAUAAGGCUCUGCACUGAAGUAUUUACAGUUAUGACAUCAAUAUACAGUACAUCCAUCAUCAAUUGACUUGUAUUGUUUUGGUAUUUAAUUACAACCUCAUUGAAGAUCUGAUAGAACCAACAAGGGGUGUGAUUCAAUCCGAUCUGUGGUAGAUCCGCGUUAUAGCGUGCUUGACAUUUUAAAGGUCAUUUAAAUACAGCCAACAUAUGAAAUGUUUAACAUUAAUGCUAUCUCUGCAAAUGCGGUGAAAUAGUCUUUAAAAGUUGCAUUGUCUACAAGUGGUUUCAGAUUAAAUCCCAGCCAAGGUUGUAAUUAGGGUUUUCACUAUAAUACACUGUAUCAGUUGUGUGCACAAUAUUUUUACUGAAAGUCACUACAAUAAACUAUUUUAAAAUGUUGAUAUUUCUAAGUCAGAUACAGUCCUACCAAUCUCAGCAUCCCAGAACAGAAAACCUCACAUAUGUUAGUCUGAGAGAUUACUGUACAACACACUUUACUUGUUUGUUUUUGGUAAAGCAGGUAGUAGGUUAGCAUAUAGUGUGGUUUUAAAGGUUGAGAUUGGCUUAUGAGAAGUAGGUAUUGGGCUUAAGCCAAAAAAGUAAAUGAACAUGAGCACCACAAUGCCUAACUUCAGUGAUGCUCUACCAAGGGGUUCCAGCAGACAGCUUUGACCUACUACCUACUGUUGGUCUAUUGUAUUUCAAACAACAUAUAGACAGGUUACUUAGGAUUCAAAACUACUGUAGUAGGUCCAAGCUGUGUGCUGGAUAACCUUAUUAGAGCAUUGUUGAAGUAGGCAUUGUGGUGCUCAUGUGAUUUUCCUUUUUCGACCACAGACAAAUGCCUGCCUGAAAAUGUUUAAUUUCCAUGUUUUUUUUUACACAAAGUAAUUAUACAACAUUUCCACAUGCAAAAGAUGUCUUUUUUUGUCAUUUCCACAUCAAAUUAUGUUCUAAAAAUUGAAGUGUUGGAGUUGAAAAUGUGGACUCAAUUGUAAACAAAUUUGUCAGAGAUGGAGAAGUAUGCACUCUGGAAAGAUAUGGAUAUGCAGCCACAAACUCAAAAAUAACAAAUGCAAAUACAUAUUACCUUACAGUCAAUGUCUCUAGUCUCAUCCUCAGAUGCAGUUGGAACUGAGUUGAUAACCUAUAGCAAUGAAAAGUGUGAGCUAAAGGUCUGUUACCGGUGGCUAUUUUAGGUUGUACCGGUAUGUCAGAUUAGCGAAAUUGCCAAUUUCUCAGCCUCUGAGUACCACAGAAACACUUUGAAUGAAUAGCAGACAUGUUCAUAACAAGUGGCUAUGGAUGAAAAUCAAAAUAUCUGUUCAAAAACAUUUUAAAACCAAAUUUAACUACAUGUUAAAAUAUGAUUAUUUUCUUAGCUAAAUAUAGCUAGGUUUCCCCGCUUGUUGGUUAACUAGCAAGCCAUUGUUAGCGCUCCUUUGGCUGGUACAACUUUAUUUUAGCUAGCUAGCUGAUCAAAACACAACCACAUUCAUUGGCUCAAAUCAGAAACAGCUCACCGAUAACAACCCAUUUUCUCAUGUCGGAAAAUUAUCUGGAUGCAUUUUAUUAAAUAAAGGGUGGCUACAAUGAAGAAUCUCAAAUAUAUUUUGGUUUGUUUAACACUGUUUUUGGUUACUACAUGAUUCCAUAUGUGUUCAUAGUGUUGAUGUCUUCACUAUUAUUCUACAUUGUAGAAAAAAUAAAAACCCCUGGAAGGAGUAGGUGUGUCCAAAAUGGACUGGUACUGUAUAUAUCUAUUUUUUUUAUACCACUGAGACCGGCAAAUAUUCUAAGUAGGUACUUUUCAUGAACGUAAAAACAUUCAAAUUCUAUCUUCAAGACUUCAAGGUUUAGUUAACUCCGUUUAGAACACCCCCCUCAGUCUACUCACUCUUGAGCCCAUGACUCUUGAGUUACCAUAGAAACCAUCACCAUGGCCUAAAACCAAAAAAGAAAUAAAUCCAGAAAUUAAAAACAUUGAUUCAA